AUGGCGUCCACCCACGGCGAGAAGCGCGACAAUGAGCUUCGGCUCGCGCAAACCAAGGACAGUGAAGCAGGCUUUGAGCAGAGCGAGAAACCUAUCCCCGUUGUGGACAAGGUCGACUACUCGGGUGCUCACGAGAAGACUGACCCAAAGGAGAUCAAGCUUGUGCGCAAGCUCGACCGCUGGAUCAUGCCCAUGCUCUGGAGCAUGUACUGGCUCAACUACCUGGAUCGCAAUGCUAUUGCACUAGCGCGCAUCAACACGCUCGAGGAAGACCUCAACCUUACCGGCACCCAAUACCAAACCUGCGUAUCCAUCCUCUUCGUCGGUUACGUGCUCGCUCAGGUGCCAUCCAACAUGUUCCUCACGCGCACCCGACCCAGCCGCUACAUGGGUACCGCCAUGAUGCUCUGGGCUAUCGUGUCUGCCUUGACUGCCGUCUCGCGUAACUUUAUCGGCCUCCUCCUGACGCGAUUUUUCCUUGGUCUCACCGAGGCUCCGUACUACCCCGGUGCCGUCUACACCCUGUCGCUAUUCUACACCCGCAAGGAGGUCGCCACACGUAUCGCCAUCCUGUACACGGGGAACAUUCUCGCGACGGCCUUUGCCGGUCUCAUUGCCGCCGGUAUCUUCCACGGCAUGGACGACCUUGCCGGUCUCGCUGGCUGGCAGUGGCUGUUCAUCCUACAGGGUGCCGUCACGUUUGUCAUCGCCGUCAUUGGCUUCUUCCUCUUGCCAGACACCCCCCUGACGACCUGGUGGCUCACUCAGGAGGAGAAGGAUCUCGCCUACAACCGCAUAGAGCUCGACACCACCCAGAACUCGGGCCAGACCAGCGCCAAGGAGGGUCUCAAGCAGGCCGCCAGCGACCCCCUCGUGUGGCUUUUCUGCUUCAUGGCGCACAUGCACUUGGCGGCCAACGGCUUCAAGAACUUCUUCCCCACUGUAGUCGAGACGCUUGGCUUCGGCAGGACACUCACCCUGGUCUUGACUUGCCCCCCGUACCUGAUCGCCGGCGCCGUCACCAUCGCCGUUUCCUGGUCGUCAGGCAAGUUCAACGAGCGAACGUGGCACAUCACCAUCUCCAAGGCCGUCGCGAUCGUCGGCUUCGUCGCCGCGGGCGCCACGCUCAACACGGCCGGCCGCUACGUGUCCAUGGUCAUCUUCACCAUUGGCACCUACGGCGUCAACUCGCUCAUCCUCGGCUGGUGCUCGUCCGUGUGCGGGCAGACCAAGGAGAAGAAGGCCGUCGCCAUCUCCAUGGUGACCAUGAUCAUGAACAUCUCCUUCAUCUGGACGCCGUACCUGUACCCCAGCAGCGACGAGCCCCGGUACCUGAUCGCCAUGCUGUCGUCCGCGGCCUUUAGCGCCCUGACCGCCGCCAUUGCGUGGGUCACCAAGAUCAUCGUCAAGAGGAAGAACAAGAAGAUUAGGCAGAGCGAGGAUGAGACGCAGAACUACUACGUCUACUAG